GUAGGGUUUGACUACGCCAGAUGGGUGGAAAACUGGAGCUCGCGAAGACGACGGUCUCACGAGGCUAGAAAAGGUUAGUGAAAGCAAACAAACAACUGUGAGAGCGAAUUAAGACUGCUAGAAAGGUGUUGUCACCGCCCCCUCCUGCUACUGCUGCUGCCUCCUCAUCAGACGAACGCGGCUCCGUUUUUGUCGGGCUGAAGAGUCGGUGCAUGAAGACAACCGAGUUAUUACAGCUAACUUCAUUUUAAAUCCUUCACAGAACUCAGUGAAAACAUCAAACUGUCAAUGAUGGCUGAUUACGAAACCAUCGUUUUCUUUGACAUGGAGACCACUGGAUUAGACCCUGCAUCGUGUCACAUCACCCAGCUGUCGGCCGUUUGCGAAGAGAACGAAUUUAACGUCUACACCCUCCCCCGACGGCCCAUCGAGCUGCGCGCCAGCGAGCUGACGGGCUUCACCGUCAAUCGUGGCCAGCUGUGUCUCCAUGGAACACGUGUUAGGACCGUCUCUCUCUUUAGGGCUCUCAAGUCUUUCAUCAACUUCCUGAGCGACUUCCGCGGCCCCGUGCUGCUGGCGGCCCACAAUGCAAAGUGGUUUGAUGCACUCAUUCUCAGCAGAUUGCUGCGAAGGUUCUCCCUCUGGCAUAGGUUCCAGCAGGUGGUGUCUGGGUUUGUGGAUACCUUAAUACUAAGCGAGAACUUCUAUCCUCGUCUGGGCAAGUAUUCUCAGAAGUUUCUGGUCGACUACUUCCUGGAAGAAUACUACGAUGCCCAUGAUGCAUUGGAGGACGCCAAGAUGCUGGAGAAGCUGUUCAACUUUUGGGAACCCAGCAGCUGGGAUGUUGCGGACGUUACCUUCUCCACUGAAGAAUUUUAAAAAAGCUACAGAAAACAACAAAAAUAAGGCCACAACAACUAAAUCAUGUAAUUCCGGUUGGUUGGUUGGUUGGUUGGUUGGAUAGACUGAUAUUGUGAACAUUAAGAAGAAAAUGACAGGUAGAUUAAAUUUCUUGUUUGAAAGUAGUUUGAAUGUCUUUUCCAGUUUCACAUCUUCAAACAUUUAUGAUCCUUUUCAUUUCAAUAUACGAUGCACAAUUCAAGUUGCCCUGUUACUGUAUGUGACAUACAUAUACGGUUUCUCACUCAAACACAUUGUGUGUAUCCUUGACGCCUAAUAAAACAAAGAUGAUUAUUUUAUA